GAGACUCCAUUCGUUAUUUAUAAUUUUGUGGAUAAUUUCGAUAUAUUAAAAGCAUUUAUAAGUCCAAAAUACUGUGAAUUAAGCGAUAAAGUUUUUCUGCAAAUCAAAAUCGGGCAUAGAAGCAACAUAUAGAAAGAUGGGCGAGCAGCAAUUUUUCUUGAAAUGGAAUGAUUUUCAAAACAAUAUGGUUUCAUCGUUCAAACACUUGCGUGACGAAAAGAGCUUUACCGAUGUAACAUUAGCUUGUGAUGGACAAACCUGCAAGGCACAUAAGAUGGUUCUUUCAGCCUGUAGUCCAUAUUUCAAGACUUUACUUGAAGAAAAUCCCUCGAAGCAUCCAAUCAUCAUUUUGAAGGAUGUCUCAUUUAACCACUUGCAAGCUAUUCUAGAAUUCAUGUAUGCAGGAGAAGUUAAUGUCUCACAGGAACAAUUACCUUCGUUCUUGAAAACAGCUGAUAGAUUAAAAGUUAAAGGCCUUGCAGAGACUCAAUCACCGUUUUCAAACAAACGAGAGGGUUGAUAAGCUAAUAACCAUAUCCCUCCGAGCUAUAAGAUAUUAAAAUCUCAUUAAAAACGCUCUUCAUUUUAUUCUUUUUUUAAUUUUUUUACUUUUCGGAUUAUUUUCUUUAAAAUUUUAACUUCAAAAAAAAAAACAAACUGAUAAGAAGAUUGAUAACAUUCGCAAAAUAUUUGAGUGUUUUUUUUAAAAAAAAUUGCAG